CCACAAUGCAUCAGCGGAUCAUCAGCGGGAAACCAAAAUGGCGAACGUGUUGGGGGAAAAUGAACCGUUUGUUAUUUUCUGAGAGAGGCAGCAGCUCCGCUAGUUUCCGCGAUACACUUUGAAAUAACACGUAGCCACGGAAGAAACGGGAAAACAGCGGACACCCAUAAACCUUUUAUUUUUUUGUUGUGCGGGUCAUCUGUAAAAGCGGAGGUGACCGAAUGAGAGACUCAGGGGUUGUGGAUCACCUGUCUGUCCAUCACAGAGCUCAACCACAGCAGCAGCAGGCCCCGUCCUUGUCCCCCACUCGCCUCUCUUUGAGGGGAGAGUAUGGAGAGGACAGCAUGUCUGACAGGUUUACAGAGGGACAGGACGUCUUGGCCCGAUGGUCAGAUGGAUUAUUCUACUUGGGGACUAUCACAAAGAUAGAUCUGGAUAAGCAGCGAUGCUUUGUGGUUUUUGAGGAUCAGUCGAAGUCUUGGGUGCUGUGGAAGGACAUUCAGACAGGGGAUGAAGAUGAUGAGGACGAUGAGGACGACGACAUUGUGUGCUCCAUAUGCCAGGAUGAAACUUCAGAGGAACCCAAUGAGAUUGUGAUUUGUGACAAGUGUGGACAAGGCUACCAUCAGCUGUGCCACUCCCCCAUCAUCGAUGCCUGUGUCAUUGACUCGGAUGAUAAAUGGCUCUGCACAGAGUGUGCGCUCGCUUCUAUGACUAAGAGAGGGGGUUCACACAGGAAGAGUGUGUCUGCAAAAGGCUUUGUGGAGCACGAGCAGCAGCAGCAGCAGCACAACAUGGGGCUGCACCUGUCCUUCCCCUAUGCUCUGGAGGAUCUGCUGUGGGACCAGGGCCACAAGACUAACAACCAGAAGUGCUACUGCUACUGUGGAGGUCCAGGAGACUGGUACCUGAAGAUGCUGCAGUGUGACAGGUGUCAGCAGUGGUUCCACGAGGCCUGUCUUCAUUGCUUACAGAUGCCCAUGCUCUACGGAGAUAGGUUUUAUCUGUUCGUUUGUUCUGUUUGCAAUGGGGGACCAGAGUACCUGAGCAGACUGUCUCUCUGCUGGGAUGAUGUCACACACCUGAGCCUGUACAACCUGAGUGUAAUUCACAAGAAGAAGUACUUUGACUCUGAGAUGGACCUGAUGGUAUACAUCAAUGAUAACUGGGAGCUGCUGCAGUUGGGGGAGCUCGCCAACACUCGGAGAUCAGAGCGAUACGAUAGGGUUCUGGAGGCAUUAAACAACAACAGCAGCAUGUUCAUGUCAGGGAAGGAGGUGAAGAAGAAGAAGCACUUGUUUGGACUGAGAAUCCGUUUCCCUCCUGCCCCUCCCAACUCUGAUGAGCCGACCAUCAGAGAGAUGGAGAGGGCUUCACAUGAGAUCACCAUUAAGGGAUGCAAGCCCACCAAAGCCCUAUCUGACAUGAGAACAUGCAGUACUUUAACCAAUGGCACAGAUAAGAAGAAGAAAAAGAGGAAGCAAGGAGCACAUUCUCUGUCUAAACCACAACGCUCCACUGAACUCUUAUCCCAGGAAAUGAGAAAACCUCUACCACUGGAGGCCCACACAUUGGCUCAAUUAACCUCUAUCAAGAAGGAGAGGUCUCUGCUGUCCUCAGAUGUGGAAUCCAUAGGGGCCCUGAGCACCACAGAAACUACCUCAACUAGCAUUUCAAGACCGUCUAGCCUCUGUAGCUCCAGCAAGACCCGCACUACAGCCAGCACCAUACCUGUUUCUGCUCCACCCUUAAAAAGAAAACGUGGGCGACCACGACGGGCCCUGCAGCCACCCAACCCAGAAAUCCCCCCUCCCGUCCACAUUGACCCGGACCCAUCAGCUACAGAGGUGCUGAGCCCACUCCCAGGGCUUCACUCUUCAGACAUAGUUCAUGGCAUGGACCCCAACAGCCAGCUCUCCCACCUCAAGAGCUCCAUCAGCAGCUAUUUUGGAGCAGCAGGGCGGCUUGCCUGUGGGGAAAAGUACAAAGUCCUGGCACGACGGGUCACUCUGGACGGCAAGGUGCAGUACCUGGUGGAGUGGGAAGGAGUCACCGCCUCCUAGACUGCAAAUCGUCAACAUCAUUUCCGACCAGCGGCUGCAGGAGGUUUACAGCUGUGCUGAGGACAAAUAACACAGCAGGCGUUCAGAGCAUUAACUGAUAUAUGCCUUUUGUUUAGUUUAGAGAGGAGCAAGUCUUGCCUGAUAAUCUCACUGUAAAGCCUUUUUAGGUCGUUACAGUCCAGGGUGAUCAUUAAUUCAUGCAUACAUUUUCAUGUUAAAAAAAAAUAGCUCUUCAUUCUAAAGGAAGAAAGCAUAUCAUUAGAAAAGGUUUUUGUUAUUCUGCUUCUAGCUUCAAUAUCUGCUUCAGUUGACAGAAUUUUUUAUUUUUCAGAGGCAAAUGCUUGAUCACUGCACUGCAUCUGAAGGCUUACAGUGACUUGUAAUUUGUGCUUUAUUUUAAAUUCAGUGAUGUGCUUUUCAUUUCCAGAACAGUUCAGUAAGAAACAAUGUGCUUUUUGAACGAAUGUAGGUGGUCAGGCAUUAAGUUUUUGAAUCAUGGAGGAUAAGAGAAAGAGGGGUAUUUUUAAUUUCACACCAUGCAUUGAACAGUGAUGUGUGUCUAGGUUAACAUUUAUAUUCUUUAAUUUCUUUAUAAACAAAAUGUGUUAAUUUACAACCAUGUCCCCUCCUUGUCUAGUCCCAGCUUUGAGUCCCUCUUGUUGCCUCGAGCAGACAUAUUCGCCAGUUGUGUUUUUCGGGAAGCAUGCUCAUGUUCAGGAAGAGCUACAAACAAAAGAGAUGCUGCGGAGAAUGUUUAUUUUAUAUAGAAUUUAACUACAUUUAUGAUAUUUUUUUUCUCUCUUACCUUCUUUCUCAUUUGACUUUUUCUGUUCAGCAGGGCAGUUGUCUCUAAUUUCAGAUUAUUUUUUUUGUAGUAUUGAUGGCACAUAUCAAAAAUCCGUCAGGCUGUCAUCUCAUUUAAAACUGAUGAUUUGAGCUUCUCAGUUCAGACAUGGCAGCAUUUUCAUCAAGUGUUAAGGUUUUUUUUUUUUAAGUACUGUUUUACUUUGAUCAUAACUCUGUUUAAACUUACAUGUGGUAUUAUAAAAAUUAACCUCUCCAAAAGGAGUGUAAUUUAAUUGCAUAAAUGUUCAGAAGCCCAAGAGAAGAUGUCCCAACAUUUUAGUUUGAAAUCGAUAAUAUGAUUGUUAACCUCUGAAAUCUUUAAGGACCUAUUUA